UUUGAGCGAACUACAUCGCAAGUAUAAAAGCAGGGAUUUCUAUUCGUCUCGAAGAUCCAUCAUUUGACCUCUGAGACGAUAGUUGUCUGCUUAGAUCACUACGAAAAUGGACCCCACUCAUCCAGCGAGUUUCACUCAUGAGAUUGCUAAGCUCUCCACUGGUCGGACAUAUCAUUACAUCGACCAAAAGCCCGAUGACUAUGAUCCCGCACAUACCCUCACCAUGCUCUGCGUACACGGCUUCCCUGACUUCUGGUAUGGUUGGCGCUUCCAGAUCGGGCCUUGGGUUCGCAAAGGCUAUAGAGUCAUUGUGCCUGACAUGCUCGGAUACGGCGGUACGGACAAACCUGAGAGCGCGGAAGAAUACUCGACGAAGAAACUGUGUGCUGAUUUGAGCGCAUUACUGGACCAUAUCAAGGUCGACCGUGCGAUCGUCCUCGGGCAUGAUUGGGGAGCCUUUGUCGUCGGUAGAUUCGCAUUGUGGCACCCCGAGAGACUGUUGGCCCUCGUAAUAUUAUCAAUCCCGUACACCCCGCCACGGCCGAAUUACCUUUCUCUCCAAGAAGUCGUGAAGCAUAUCCCGCACUACGGCUAUCAGCUUUACUUUGCUGAUUCGAGUUCGACGGCUGAAAUUGAAAGCAAGCUCCCCCGAUUCCUCGGACUGAUGUUCGGGUGCGUCAAGAUGGAUCGGUCCUUUGUGUACGAGGGUAACCUGAGAGGUAUCGUGUUAGACGACAAAGAAGAACCCGGUCCCAGCCCAAAGCUCUCUGACGAGGAACUGAAAUACUACACCGAACAACUGAAGAAUAUGAACGGGCCCCUGUCAUAUUACCGUACAACGAAAACCCGCUUCGACGAGGAGAAAGCUGCAAACUUACAGGGAAAGUUCCCCGACGAUCUUCCUGUUCUUUACAUUUGGGGCACGCACGACCCGACCACCACUCCCGAGUCCCUGAAAGUCUCCCGUGCGAUGAUUCCGAAACUGAAGGACGUCGCGAUCGAUGGGAUUGGGCAUUGGAUUAUGGUGGAAGCAAAGGAAGAGGUGACGGGCAACGUGGAAAGGUGGUUGGAGGAGCUAGAGUUUGACGUGAAAGCGGGUUCGAAGCUCUAGUUCUCGUAGGAUAGGCAGAGGUGAACAGUGAAAGCUAGCUCGAGUCUCCAAGUGGUGCACCGGUGCUGAGGACGAUCAAUGCUGGAUGAGGAAGAAAUACUCAUGCAUAUGAAUUCAAGUUGCCUGAAAGUUG